AUGGGUCGAAAAGUCCACCUGGUCCGCCACGCCGAGGGCCUCCACAAUCUUCGCGACGACCCGACUAUCCCGGACGCCCCGUUGAGCGAACGCGGGCUCGACCUCGCCGAGGAGCUGGGCCGGCUCUUCAUCCACGACAACUCGGACAGUGUGGGCGCCGUGCUGGUCUCGCCGCUCCGACGAGCCAUUCAGACUUCUCUGGCGGCAUUGCCUCGCGUCCUCGGCGCGGCACACUAUCCCGCCAACUCGGGCAGAGGGGUCAGAACCGGCGGGGUGACUCUGGUCUUGGAUCCUGACCUGCAGGAAAUCAGCACCCCAGCCUGCAAUGUCGGAUCGCCGCCACGUGAGCUGCUGGUCGAGUUCCCCGAGUUGGCGGGCCAGAUCGGCGGUCUGCCGUCCAGAUGGUUCGAGAAGACCGGGCUGUGGUCGCCUGCUCGUGCCGCCGUUGCACAGCGGAAGAUUAGGAUUCUGCAACGGCUGUGGGAUGUUUCUGAGCAGUUGCAGGGCAAUCCGAGCGGGAGGGAGGAUAUCGUCGUGGUGACGCAUGAAGGGGUCAUGCUGGAACUUGUCCCAGGCGCGAAUGUGCCGAUGGGAACUUACAGGACGUUUACCUUGGUCAAGACGGGGACGGAAAUCGUGCUCCGAUGA